AUGGAGGAUCAGGGCAAAUACACAUAUCAAUCGGUGGGAUACUGCCGGGGAGUGUGCAAGAAAUUAAAAAAGCCUGCCAUGGCACUGACGAAAGGCACAAACUGCUACUGUGGGGACAAAUUGCCGCCCAGAUCCUCCAAAACCGAUGAUGAUCAAUGCAAAAGGGACUGUGAUGGCUAUCCUGACGAGAUAUGCGGAGGAAAAAAUGCGUUUUCCGUUUAUAUCACAGAAAAGGAUGACGAUGUCGACUACGAAGAUGGUAGUUCACUGCCUAGUAGCACUUCUACGAGCCCCCCAAUGCGAACAAUCACACAAUCUGGCCAAACCGUCGUCGUUACCGCCGGCACUGAUGAAAAAGAAGGCGGGGGACCAAACAAAGCCGGCAUUGCUGCUGGUGUGGUUGUGGGUGUUGUCGCUCUGGCGGCUAUCAUUGGAGGAGGGAUUUUCUAUAUGAAAUACAAGAAGCGCAGGGAAGUGGUGGAGGAAUAUCGUCGCAAUGCCACCAUCAGUAACUUCGUUUCUAGCGGAAAAACGUACUCCGAAAGCUCGAUGUCUGAUUCGAGACUGGAGCCUACUCUCAUGUCCCAGAGACGCCAAAGCAACGGAAGCAUUGCCGAUGAUCAGGACUUCUCAAGAAGAAUCCUUAAGGUUACCAACCCUGACUCGCAAUAUUGA